UAUUCAAAGAAAAAAAAACUAAAAUCUUGGAGAGUCCAGUAAAAUAUUCUCUGUAUGCAGACUUGGUAGGGUUGGAGUCGUCGAGAAGGCAUCUCUAGCCUAGUUGGUAGUAUUUUAUAUAGCCAAUAGCCAAUAUAAAAUUCCAUCACUAUCUUCCAUACCGGCCAAUAAGCCAAACCCAGUAUUAAUUUACGAAACUCAAAUAUUGCUGGCAUGUUUUGCGAUAAGAUUUCCACCAUUAUUGUUGUCUUGAUGUCAUGGAGGUGGAUUCAUCGAGGAUUUCUCUCCGUCCGGUCAAGCUAACGGACGUGGAUGAUUUUAUGUUAUGGGCAGGUGAUGAUCAAGUGACAAGAAACCUACGAUGGAAGACUACUACCUCUAAGGAAGAGGCUUUGACUUUCAUCAAGGAUGUUUGCAUACCCCACCCUUGGCGUCGAUCCAUAUGUAUCGAUGACCGUUCAAUCGGCUUCAUCUCCGUUUUCCCGUGGUCCGGGGAUGACAGGUGUAAGGCUGACAUAGGGUAUGGAAUUUCCACAAAGUAUUGGGGCCAAGGGAUUACCACCAGGGCAGUGAAGAUCGCCCUCUCACAAUUGUUCAAAGAUUUCCCUGAUCUGGUAAGGUUGCAAGCUUUUGUAGAUGAGGAAAAUAAAGCCUCCCAGAGGGUACUAGAGAAAACUGGGUUCCAAAGGGAAGGGCUACUAAGGAAGUAUACCUUUAUUAAGGGGAGACUUGUAGAUCUAGUUCUCUAUAGUGUUUUAUCAACUGACUCCCUCCCUACAGAUCCUCAGGGCUCAGCUUAAGAACUAUAAUAAAUUCUCUGAUCUCUCUAUAUACAUUCAUAGAUAAGGGAAUGGUAAGAAAAUGGGUACAAGAGAUCUAUGGUGGAUAGUAAAGAUUGGGUUUAGCGUAGACAAGCUGGAGGAGACUCAAAAUGGGAAUGCUUCUCGAUAUAUCUUAGGAAGCGGCCCAACUGGCGAGGUUGUGUACGUGCAGCAAAGUUAGCACUUAAAUGCAUUUUUUGAGCCGAUCACCAUGUGCAGCCAUUGAGACUGGAUUGUUUUAUCAUGUGGUUAAAUAAGUUCUAUAUCUACUAUGACGUUCUUAUUGCUUAUUUUAUCUUGUGAUUAUUAUACAAAAAUCUAUUUACAGGCUUGUUUA